AUGCUCGCCCGGGAAGAGCUAAAAAACAUAACCGCUGGUGGUGAAGAAAGUAGACCCUCUGCAAAUUCCGGCCAAGAUGAAUACGGAACGCAACAAUCAUCAUCAGUCGGGCAGAACCAGGACGAUAGCGGCGAUGUGGACGGUCCCCCUCCAAAGAUGACCUUUCGGAUCUUCGAUGCCGCACUAGCGCCACCCCACGAGGAGAUGAAUCAUGCACCUGUCGUGAGGACCUCAAGAGGGCUUCCGGACAGUCAAGAUGGUGCCGCAUUCAACAUGUCCAACGAGACAACUGCCACCUCCUUUGCGAAUGCUAGUACGUCGGAGAGCAGGAAUGCGAAUGAGUCCUCGUUUCUCUUUGUGAGCAACAUGUCCUCGAGCAACAAGAACACGACGACAGAGCGCGGCCGGAAUGUUUUCGGUACAGUAGCGGAAAACGGAACAAGUGUCAAAAAGAUUAACGAACAAGCAGUGCCUCCAGCAUCGAGAAGGAGGGAAGAUCUCGCGAUGGGUGGAGGGGGCUCGGGCCACGGUAAUCAUCUUGUGUUUACCUCAGCGUCUACUUACGGCGCAUACGGUUCCGGUGCCGCGCAGAACUUGGGCCAGGGGGAGAAAGACGCAAAUGCCACAGACGAGUCUGACUCGUCCCUGACGCUCGCCUUCCUGCUGGAGCUUGAAUUACUUUCCGGACUGCUGGGCGAUUGCUGUUUGAGGUACUCCAAUCCGGAGAACCGGCAGCCGUUUUUCUCCGCCCUAACUGAGGCCGGGCAGCAAGCGCGGUCCACGGCAUGCUCAGUCGUCGAGGAGGAGCACCUCCCCGGGCCCUUGAUAAUAGCCGCGUCAGAUACGACGAGUACUACGAAUUCCAACCACGACGAAAACGAGGCCUCAGCAGCGGAGGAAGAAAAUUCGGCCUCUUCGGCAGAAGAAGGUCAAAGCGGCACGGCAGCGGCAGAUUCUGUGGUGCCUGCUUCGUCGCCUGCAAACGGUACAACUGAGGUAGGUUCUGGGCCGCCUCUUGGUACAUCGUUGAAUCAGGCGGACACGACCGGCUCCAACAAAACAGAGGCAGCAACGGCAUCGAAUGAAAUAGACACUGUGACUGCAAAUCGAACACCAGACACAGAAGCCGCAGAUCAUCAAACAGCAAUCACAGCAGAGUCGACUCAUCAAACGCUAAGCACAGAAACCGUGACUGAAGCCGCGAGCGCAGCCGAAGGACCGAGCCAAGCAGACCCACACACAGGAGGAGGUGAAGCAGACCCAGCCACGAGUGAAGCAGACACAGGAUCAAACGAGACACAAUCUAUGCAAACGUCUUCCAUGUUGGAGUCGGGCUAUCAUGGUCAACAGAGCUUCGGCGUGAGCAGUCGUCAAGCUAGGAGCGCAACUAAGGGAUUCCACUUUGCGCCCGUCAUGGGUGCAACGAGUACGGCAGAGAGAAGCGGACUAGUUGUGCAAAGCUGCAGUGCCGGUAAAAAGGAACUGACAGGGCGGCUAAAGAAGGUACUUACUUACGCACUUACGUACUAGUCAGAUAAUUUCGUAUUUUCAGAAAUCGAAAUUGAAAUCAGGUCAGUCACAUGUGUUGAUGUUUCGUGUGCAUACUAGUUUUGAUUUGGUCAAAAUAUCACUACCCUUAAUAAAGCCAAGCUUGCAAUUCUAAAUCACACUACAGUUUUCCAAGUUACUUGCGGAGCAGCACGGUGUGACGGCGGACCAACUGCAGAGGUGGCUGAAGCGACCGGGUUUGCAAAAACUCGAGGGCUUGGCGAAGGUAUGGAGCCACCCGGAUUUCCUGUCGGAAGACGAUAAGAAUGCCGUUCUUGAGAUCGCAGGGGAUAUUCUACAUGCUUAUGAGAGCGGUCGCUUUGCAACAAACCUAGCAUCGUUCGUGGUAACGUGUUUUCUAACUGCCGGGCUAGCUCUGUUUGCGGCCUUCGCAUUGCCCAAAGUCACGCUUCAUUUUCAUAAUGUCAAUGUGUAG